AUGCAGUGGACGAGGCAAAUGAGUAACCUGGUCAUGGCAGUGUAUGGCAUCACGCUGAUCACAGGCCUUCCUGCCAACCUGCUGGCCUUCUACACCUUCGUCCGUAAAAUAAAGCAGAACGCCAAGCCCAUUGAUGUGCUCUUGCUCAGCCUCAACAUCUCGGACCUGAUCUUCCUCUUCUUCCUCCCCUUACGGAUGAAAGAGGCAGCUGACAUGAAAUGGAACAUGAGCUACUUCCUUUGUUCAGUGUCGAUUUUCAUCUUCUUCACUGGCAUCUGCAACAGCAUCUAUCUUUUGACGGCUAUUGGUGUGGAGCGCUACCUCGGAGUGGCCUUCCCCAUCAAGUACAAAGUCAAACGGCAUCCCCGCAAUGCCGUGAUAGCCACCAUCAUGUUCUGGAUGAGUUCCAUAGUGCACUGCAGUGUUGUCUUUAUUGUGCAGUACUAUAACCCCACCAACACCAGCAUUCCUGAAAAGCCCAAGCAGAAUGCCUGCUAUGCGGAUUUCAGUGCUGAACAGAUGACCAUCCUCAUGCCCUUCCGUCUGGAGCUGUUCAUUGUAUUUUUCUGCGUCCCUGUCAUCAUCUGCUGCUUCUGCUACAUCAACUUCAUCCUCAUCCUCUCCCGACUGCCCAACGUCAAUCCCAAGAAGCGUUUCAGGGCGAUCGGGCUCGCUCUCGGCACUCUCCUCGUCUUCAUCGUCUGCUUCAUGCCCUUCAGCGUUUCCCACUUGGUGGGUUUCAUUGGUUGGUACAGUCCAGAUUGGAGAGUGUACGCAUUGCUCGCCAGCACCUUUAACGCCUGUAUGGACCCCUUCAUCUUCUAUUUCUCCUCUUCAGCACUCCGGGAGACGCUGAAACUCUGCACACGAGGACUCGUUAAAAGGCUGUCCUGCUGUCCCAGAGCUCUGUGCUGCCCCCAGAAGAACCGCUCCGGUGCUAGGGAGAACACACAAAGCUCCAAUAACAGCUGUGACUAG